AUGAUCCCAAAAGUUGAAUAUAACAUUGAUAAGAGUAAUAAUAACAUAGAACCUUUAAUAAAAAAUUGCCUAAAUCUUUAUGGGUAAAUUUUAUGAAAUUACGGAAUAUUUUAAAAUUUUUUAAAAAAAUACUAUAGAAAUUUCACAAAAGUGUAACUCCCCCCCCCCCUCCGUGAGCGAACAAAACCAUUAGAAAAAUCGCCAUUUUUUGACCAAAAACCCACCCUCCGUGAGUGAACAAAAAUUUUUUUUAAUAGAAAAAAUUUUAAUGGAAAAAAAUUUUGAUAUAUAAGUGAUAAUUAGUAUAAUGAAAUCUAGAGCUAAUUCUGUUUAAUUUUAAACAAAUUGCGUUUUAAAAUAUAAAUUUUGCAAAUUAAAUUAAUAUUUGCUUCCCAAUUUUUGCAAAUUAGGAUUUUUUUAAAUUUCGAAAAAAAUAUUUUUUAUAAAUUUAUAUAUAUAAAUUUUUUUUAAAAAAAAAAAUUAACCCCCCUCCGUGAGCGAACAAAAUUUUUUUGUUCGCUCACGGAGGGGGGGGGGGGAGUAAGAAAAAAAGCUGAAAGUUUGGAAAAUAUAGAAGAAACAAGAAGAGAAUCAGAAAACAUGAAAUGUGUCUAUCAAAGAGAAAGCGAGAUUCCAAAAAUGCCUAGAGAUACUGGAGCAAGUUCAUCUUUAAAUAUAAGCGUUAUGAAAAUUCCUCCAUAUAGAGUAAUAUAUAUUCAGCAAGGAUGCCACAUUCAGACAAUCUCAAUAAAAGAAGCUCCUCAAGACCUACCAAUUCAAAAUUCCCAAAUUCCGAUUGAAAGCUAUAGCCCUCCAAUGAACUUCCAAUUCCAUAGCUUAAAAGAGUCAGAGGUAAAAGCAAUGCCCCCACAGCCUACCAUGCCUAUGUAUACACCUUCUCCAAUGCCAAACCCUAUGAAUCCAUAUAACCCUUAUAUGAUGCCAAUGGCUCCUAAUCCUAUGAUGCCGAUGCCAAUGAUGCCUAACUCAUAUGCGUCUCCAGUUAUAAACCCAGGAUAUUAUCCUCCUAUGAACCCUGUCUACCAGCCAAUGCCAGGGUAUCCUCCAAACCCUCUCACCACUAAUCCAGCAAUGAAGAAGCCAUUCCUCAUAAAUCCACUCACAAAUAAGCCUCCAGGGUUCAAAACUUUACCUUGCAGAAAUUUCCACUCAACAAUUGGAUGUGCGCGUGGUGAUAAUUGCCAUUUUAUUCAUGAUUUUCAAUUCCAAGGCAGAGCAAUCCCAAAUUUUGAGCAGUGGAAGAUCACAAAUGAGGAACGCUUGAAAAAUCUCCCGAACUCUAAAGAAGCUAUGCAGCCUAUCUACUUCCCUCCGCCUCCUGCAAAAUAA